CGCCACCGUACCGCGCCCAGCGCCAGCAAAACUCUCGGCCAGCGUCAAAGCACUCCGAGUCACAGGACCGCGCUGACUUGCUUCUCUCGCUCGCUGCAGCCUCGGAGCCCGGUUUUUCUCUCUCUCUCUCUCUCUCUCUCUCUCUCUCUCUCUCUCUCACUUGUUCAGUCAGUCUCUCUCUCUCAAUCUCGCGCUCAGCAGCAGCAGCCGACGAUCUCAUCUGUGUACUCUCCCGCGGACUAUGUGUGCACGAGUGAGGAGGGACAGCGAGCUGUAGGAUGCCGAGCGAUCGUUACAAUGUAGUGCGCGCUACAGUGCGGUGGUGUUUUCGUUGUUGACCAGCUCGCGCGAUAUCGGCCGAACUCGAGCAGUACGAGGAGACAGUACACGCGGUAAGGAUGUGCAGCACAGAGAUGACGGAGGCCAGCGCGUACACGAUGUCGCCGUCGACCGCCUCGUCCAGCGGGACGAACGUGGGCUCGCCGCGACAGCCCCAGCCGGCGAACAGCCUGACCUCGCCCCGGCCGCACCAGCAGGAGCACGACGACGAGGACGAAAUCUCGGUCGGCUGCCCGAGUCCUCUGCCCCUCGUCGUCUCCAGCAGCGUCGUCGCCGCGACGGUGCUGGCCCACCAGGACGACGAGCAGCAGCAGCAGCGCGAGGACUACAGCGACAGGCUGAGUCCCCUGCGCCGCUCGUCCUACUCGGAGCCCGGCCUCGACGACGAGGACGACGCCGGCAGGUACGAGGAGAGUUACAGGCGAGGCCUGACCUCGCUCCGCGACGACGACGAGAACGACUGCCGACGCGGCUCCGCGGCCCACGGCGACGACUACUUCAAGCCGCUCAAGAGGCUCAAGAUGGUACAGCAGGCUCAGCAGCAGGCGCAGCAGCAGGCCCAGCAGCAGUCGGACGAGGAGGAGGAGACCAGCCGGGAGGCUGCCGCGACGGAGCGCGGAGUCAAGUCGUUCAGCAUCUUGGACAUCCUGUCGCACAGGCCCAAGGCGAAGAUCGUCCGGCCGUGGGACACGACGGAGAGCAGCCUCGCGCAGCAGCAGCACAGGCACCAGCAGCACCAGCAGCACCAGCACCACUCGGCCGGCGCGCGGGACCUCUCGCUGAUGGGCAUGUCGCUGGCCUCGAUCUCGGGCUCGAUAAGCGAGCCGCCGCUCAGCAGUUCCUCGUCCUCGGGCCGCAGCUCCGUCUCGGACUCGGGCAGUCCGGACCCGCUGGUGCACCACCACCAUCACCACCACCACGCUAUGCACCACCACGGGCUCCACUCGGCUAUGGGGCACCCGGGCAUGCAGGCUCAACAGCAGCAGCAGCAGCUCAAGAGGAAGGGCCAGCAGCAGCAGGCCGGGCACAACGGCAAGCGAACGCCCGGACAGGGCAGUCCGCUGGACGCGCUCUUCCAGAUGACCAGCAAGACCUUCGACGCCGGCGAGCACAGUCAAGAGCAAGCGAAUCACCUGAACCUGUUCAACAACCGGCAGCAGCCGAAGAAGAAACGAAAGAGCAGGACGGCCUUCACGAACCAGCAGAUCUUCGAGCUGGAGAAGCGGUUCCUCUACCAGAAGUACCUGUCGCCGGCGGACCGCGACGAGAUCGCCGCUCAGCUGGGCCUGAGCAACGCUCAGGUGAUCACGUGGUUCCAGAACCGUCGGGCGAAGCUCAAGCGAGACAUGGAGGAGCUAAAGAAGGACGUGCAGACGGUCAACCCGCUGCUCGUCGCCCAGCACCACAAGACCUUCCUCGAGAACGUCCAGGACCUCGGGAUGCUGAAGAAGAGACCGCUGCCCAGUUCCAUGGACGACAAGUCCUAAUUUUACCGUCUAUAACUACGUUGGUGUUAUGUUUGUCGAAAGUCUGAGUUGUUGAUGCGAGUCAUGUGCUCAUGAUUAUAGCUAUACUCUCGUUAGGUGUCGCACACGUCGUGUAUUUAUGAAUUUUGUAAAUUCUUUCUCGAGGCCAGAGCGAGGGACUACGGAGCAGAGUAUUACCUCUGGGUAUUAUGUGGGCCGUCGCCGACCGGGGAAACACAUUCCUAUAUGUAGAUCGCGAGAGAAUCCCUCCGACGGCGGCGGAACGCGCAACACUGACUCUUACCAAUAGUUUCUACGUAGGCGCAUCAGGGCUCGACUGUGUGUGUGCGUGUGCGUAUAUAGUUUCUCCUCUUUGUAAAUAUAUGCUGAGUCGUCGUCGUCGUCUCCUUCUAGUGUUCGAUGUUUCAUGUGCGAGCGAAUCCGCCUGCAUCGAGAGAGCCACUACUUCAUUUUCAUAUUCUGCCACAUCCCCCUCUGCAGCUACUCAUCUCUCUCUACCGGUUAUAAAUAUAUAUACUUGUAUGUGUAUCAUAGUGUAAUUAUAAAGUCGCUGUCCACUACGUCGAGGAUAAUAAAUUAUUAACGAAAAAUCCUAGUGUGUAAGUUCUACUGCGAUGAGUGUGAAAUGAAAAAAAAAAAUAACGAUUAACAAAAAAAAAACACGCGGAACAGCCGUCCGGUUUGGCUGAUGUUGUUUUUUUUCUGUAAAUAGACUUUGUAAAUAUACAAUAGAGGUACAAAGUACAUAUCCUUCAAUGUCCAGUAAGUUCUCGAAAGGAAGCCGCAUCAUUCUCAUUGCGCCUAGGCAAAUUAAACUAGAGGAUAUCAUUGUAUUCAGACGAAGAAAAUAGAAAAUAAACAAUAUGUGUUGUGUACAACGGACAUAGAGGCCGCGCGCAUCUAAGUGAUAUACGAUAUUACGCGGGCACUGCAAUAUAAUUCCCCCCUUCAAUUGUCAGUUUAACUAGGGAGCUUUACGAUUUUCUAAGAUAUGUACAUUUCAAUCUGCGGACUAAAGUAUAAUGUGUAUAGUGACCCUAAAUAAAUGGGAACAUCAUCUUAAACGAUACGA